ACAGCUCAGGCACCAACCUUAUCGUAACUUAUCGCAACUUGUAACGGACGUCCAAUAUGAGAGUAGAUAUGUACCUAGGUACCUAAUUACAUGUACCUCUCCGACCCCACAUAAUAUGGUUAUCUCUCCAACAUCUCGCCGCGCAUUCACAUGCAGCUUCCUUUGUCAUAUCAUCAAGCUUGCACAUUGCCUUGCACAUUACCUAUUACAUACUUCUUCUGUAUAACCUAUUCCCCCUUAAGGCAAAGAUAAUCAUGUCUUUCCCAAAUACUUGGAAUCAUAGAAAGGUAGCUGAAACCUCAGCCAAAGCAUGCGAGGUAUGCUUCAAGCCUAGUACCAGCGUGCUCAUAACCCCAGACAAUAAGGACUUCUUUUAUGUCUGUCCUGGUCAUUUGAAAGAUAGGGGAUUCUGCACCCCUAUCAUUGACCACGAUGCCAUUGCAGCCAAGAAGAAAAAGGAGAUGGAAGAUGAAAUUGAACGGGUGAAGAAAGAGUACGAAGAGAAGCAACGCAAGAAAAAGGAGAAGGAGUCGGAAAAGUCCAAGAAGGAAAAUGAAGACAAGGAAACUAAAGAGACUAAGAAAGAUGAGCCAAGCCCUCAAGUCAAGGACAAACCGGAUGAAAAGACUCCACCAAAAGUAGAAGAAGAACCCCGGGUGUUUUCAUUGCAAAAGUCUUUAGUUAUCCCUCUGUUCAGCUACUGGUUGUCGAUACUGAUGACAUGCAGGACCUUCUACCAACAACGGCUGGACAGAAAACGCGCAGCUGAAAUGGCCAAAAGGAACCGAGAACGCCUAAGCAAUCCCAACUACUUCCCUUCCGUUCCUAAAGACCCGUUAUGAGGUGACCUUCACCUACAAAGAUGGCUUCAACUCGGCAAGUAGGUUAGUAUACUGAAACUAGCUGGGCUUAUUGGAUCUCAACAACGGUUCCAGUCCUUGCCCUUGCUGUGCCCAUAGGCAUAUCAGCCAAUGGGAGCUUUAUGAGCUACGCAAAGGAGCAGCAGCUCUUAAAAUGGCUAACUCUCCAUGCUCGUUAUUAUUAACUAUUAACAAUGUUUAUUGAAUUUAUGUCCUAGUCGCUACGGAGCUAGAUACAACAUUCGACCGAAGUACCCUCAAGGUUCCCAGUACUCAAAGUUCAUAUUAGUUGAGUAUUCGCUCAAUCGGUGU